AGCAAAAGUGGAACAAAUAGAAAUCCCCCCAAAGUAUUUAAAGAAUUAGCUCCUCUACCUUUGCACGGUUUUAGACGUAUGCUGAUGUUAAAUCGCCCCCUCUGAUAUAGGUUAGCACAAAACAGAUGAAGCUAUUUUCACAGAAUGUGUGUACAGUAUAUUUAAAAAUCCCACUAUGGUCACAUACCAUAUAUGCAGGAAUGUGUUUUCACAGCUAACUGAGGAACAGCUUGGCUUGUGGUAACAAGCUCACUGCUUGAUUGCAUCACAUCCGAGGGAGAGAACCAGAGGGUGGUGCUUUUUUUUUCUUUUCAUAGAGUGGGCCAUCGCUUCCACCGAGGACUCUAGGAAAUGAAUCUUAUACUAUUCCUGCUUUUGGCACUGACAGCUAGCUGGACUGGAUUUGUUCAAUGUGAAGACAACGAAGAAACAGAGCAGGAGUUUGCCGUUACAGACUCACUAACUUCCGAAGCAGUGGGUGAAGAAGAAAACUCAGAGAAUCAUGGGAAUGGUGUAGGCUCUGGAGAUGGGAAGAUCCAGGAUUUAGACUCCGCACCAAACAGUGACUCAAACACUGAACAAACAGAUAUAAAUGAGGAAACAAAGCAGACUACUGAAGCAAAUACAGACACAGAGGAUCUCAACCCAGUCAUGAUCAUCAUAACUCUAGUUCUCACACUGGUCGUCAUCUCUGUGAUCGUGUGUGUAGUCAUGAUCUAUCGCAGGUUGGGCAUAAAAGUUGCUGACACAAAAGAAGAUCCUUAUCUGGAUCAUGAAGACCAUGAAAAGGUGCCAAUGCCCAUGUUUGAGGAUGAUAUCCCAUCAGUGAUGGAGCUAGAAAUGGAAGACCUAGAAAAUUGGAUGGCAAAAGAUGGAGGCAAGAAAGUGGACACUGGCCAAAUAUAAUGAAUAGCUUUUCAGUACUGGCUGUGGACCUGAUGCUUUUUCAUGUGUCCUCAUAUCUUUGCACAGUGUACAUGUUGUGGUAUACUUAGGUACAUGUAAUUCAGAUACUUAUAAGAAGACAUUUGCUAAUGCUUUUAGAUUAUGUUUCAUAGUGAUAUAACUUUAUAUAAAAACAUAUUUGUAAAAUAAUAAACACUGCUGCGUAAAGACCAUUGCUGUUUGGAUGAAAAAGAACAAACAAAAAUAAACAGAUACAUAUUUUUUUGUCUGUUGCACUGAACGGGAUACAACAGCUCUACUGUAAGUCAAUGUGGUCUUCUGUGUACUUUUGAUAUUGAUGUUUUCACCACUUUUUGAGUACAACAAAAUAAUAAACCAUGUUGUUUCUUUAUAAUGUAAUAAUCAUUCUUGUCUUUAUCUAAAUGCAAUGACUGCAACAGAACUUCAAAACUAAGAAGCAUUCCAUCAUUCCAUUUUAAUUAAAAAAACACGAACAUUUUAACCUAUGUAAAUAUUAUUGCAUAAGUUGUAUUUUCUUAUUUUUUAUACAUCAUUGCAAGUUUGAGUUUACAAUUUAUAAUGAAACUUAAUACUUCUUAAGAAAACACCAACACAUUUCCUGCUAUGUACUGUUUUUUUUUUUUUUAUAUUAAAAGAGGAAAUA